ACACCAUUGUUGCAUUUCGCCAAGUUCUUUUGCCAUCUUUCAAUCCCCAGGUUUCAAUACGACGACAAGUUUCAUUCCAGAUUUACAACCUGAUCCUCAAUUGCGUUUCCCCUGGGGGUCCUAGGGUUCUUUUCUUUUUUUUUUGUUCAAAAUUUCAAUACCGUGUUAGAAACCCUAGCCCCCUUUCUCAUUCGGUUAGGUUCAGGGUUUAUGAUCAUCGAUGGUUGGUUGUUGUUGAUAUAAGGUUUGAAAAUGAGCGCAUUGAGUUUUCUUUACAGCUCGAAAAACCCCAGAUUCCGAGGGGUUUUUAAUGGGAUUUGUGCUCUCGUUCUGUUUUGCUUCUUCUUUGAUCGGAGCGAUAUUCUCAGGAACCCUUUGUUGAAAGACGUUUCUUUCGUCAAUGGCGGCAGUGGUUCGACCUCCGGAGGUAAAUUCACCCAGUUUACGGUAAUUCGUAGGCAUGUGACUGAAAUUGAAACCAAUGGUUCUGGCAAUAGCAGCUUGAGUAGCAGCAAUACUGUUUUAUGCUCCGGGUUACACAGACACAUGGGAUAUGCUGAUCAAUGCGAGUUCUUAAAAGCAAACCCAAGUUGUUCCCCUGAUGGAUUCUUUGAUUACCUCAACUUUUUUUACUGCUCCUGCAGAAAUUUCAGCAUCUUGGGUUACAUGAUCUUGGCUGUUUGGCUUGUUGCUUUGUUUUAUCUCUUGGGCAAUACUGCUGCCGAUUACUUUUGUUGUUCCUUGGAGAAGCUUUCUAAGCUUUUGAGGCUGCCUCCAACUCUUGCUGGUGUUACUUUGCUUCCACUUGGUAAUGGAGCACCAGAUGUGUUUGCAAGCAUUGCUGCUUUUGUUGGAACAGAUAAAGGAGAAGUUGGUCUUAACAGCGUCUUGGGUGGUGCUGUGUUUGUUACCUCUGUUGUUGUUGGGAUUGUUUCGCUCUGUGUUGCCGAUAAGGAAGUCAAGAUCGAUAAGAAAUGCUUCAUCAGAGACUUGAGUUUCUUCCUUUUCACGCUCGUGUCUUUGCUGGUGAUUUUGAUGGUUGGUAAAGUCACAGUAAGGAUUGCCAUUGCGUUUGUGUCUAUAUAUGUGGUGUAUGCUUUCCUUGUUGCAGCGAAUGUGAUUCUGAGAAAACAUGCUAAGAGGUUUAAACUAGAGGCUAUUACUCCGUUGCUACCUAUGCAAGGAAGCGUGUUUUCCCCGAGUGUUGGAGAGGAUAUGCCAAUGCAUAACCCCUUGAUUGAAACUGAAACUGAGGAAGGUCCACCUCGGCUACAGAGUCUUCCUCAGUGGAUGUGGGCGUCAAAUGUGGCCAUCUAUUCAAACCAUUUCGCAAAAGUUAGUUUACAUGAUGAAGACAGGCCACCUUGGGGAUGGAUUGAUGACAGUACAGAAGUUGAGAGCUCCUCAUGUAAUAAAUUCACUUCCUUGUUAGAAAUCCCGCUGACGAUUCCAAGGAGGUUAACAAUUCCAUCAGUCGAGGAAGAUACAUGGUCUAAGACAUACGCUGUGGCCAGCGUCUCAUUAGCGCCUAUCCUUUUGGCGUCUCUCUGGAGUAGCCAAGACGAUGUGAGUGCUCAAGGUUGUGGUGUGGCUUACUUUAUAAGCGUUGCUAUAGGCUCUACUCUUGGAUUUCUUGCUUACAAAAACACAGAACCUGAUCACCCACCUCGAAGAUUCUUGAUCCCUUGGGUUCUUGGUGGGUUCAUCAUGAGCAUCGUAUGGUUCUACAUGAUUGCAAAUGAACUUGUUGCUCUUCUGGUGACAUUUGGUGAAAUAUACGGAAUUAACCCGUCAAUACUUGCGUUAACAGUACUUGCUUGGGGAAACUCAAUGGGUGACUUAGUGUCGAAUAUCGCACUGACUAUGAGCGGUGGGGAUGGUGUACAAAUCGCUCUAUCAGGAUGCUAUGCAGGUCCGAUGUUCAACACACUGGUCGGACUCGGUAUGUCGAUGCUUUUUGGCGCAUGGUCCAAGAGUCCAGACACAUACAUGCUACCAGAAGACAAAAGCCUGUUCUACACACUUGGGUUUUUAGUACUGGGUUUGGUUUGGGCAAUGGUGAUACUCCCGCGCAACGACAUGCGACCUAACAAAACCUUAGGUAUGGGACUCAUUUCACUAUAUCUGAUAUUCGUCACUUUUAGGCUCAGUUGCGCCAUGGGAUUCAUACCAUGGGCUGCUUAACAAAAAAGUUAUAUAAUCUUUGUUUAGUCUCUAACCACAAACUAAUCAGAGGCUUAUUGUAUACCAAAAUAUGUGUCGUGAGAGAGUUCAUAAUUUUGAAUCUUUUUUUAGUGUUUGUUUGGCUGUUAUUAUUGGUUGGUUUGGCCUUUUGUUAUACCUGCCCAUUUUUAUAACCGCAAAAAAAAGAAACUUA